AUGACACCGGCUGAGAUGCUAUUAAGCUUAAUAAGAGGUCCAAAAGUGUAUGCAUACAUUCGUCGUCAUAACACAGUUUUCCCGAGUAAUUCAUUGGAAUAUGUGAGUGAAACAAUGUUAACAGUUAUGAAUGGAUGUUAUACAGUAUGUUCAGUGGUUUCACCAUUUCUUCUUUUGAUUGCUUAUAAUCGUUCAUUAUUGAAUGGAACAAACUUUAUGAUGUUAGCAAAAUUUACGGUAACAUAUUAUGUAAUAGCGAUUGGUAUGAGAACUAUCGGAAGAAUAUUUAAUCCAGAAUAUCGUCGAUUUGCUGAUACAUUAUUUAAAGCUCAUUUGCAUGGUCAAAAUGCGAGUUCACUAUUAGUAGGAUAUGAUUACGAGUUAUUUGCUGCACCAAUUGAUUUUCGUGCUCGUAAAGAAUCGCGAAAAUAUUUCGAAACACCAAGAAGAUUUACAGCUACUGGAAAUAUAUUAUACACCGCGUUACGUGAUCGUCUAUCAUACAAUAUUGCUUAUAGUUUUGCGCGUGUGCUUGUUUAUCCUGGUUCAGCAGCAUUAUUGAAUAAAUUAAUUCAAUCAUUUUUGAUUGAGAAUCGAAGGAAACUUGUGAUCGAAAAGGGUGCUAUGCGAGGUGUUUUAAUGACAAGGGAAGGUAAUCGAGUAGAUAGUAUGUUUGUUGAUCGUCGAGAACAGGGAGAAAAUGGUGAUAUUCUGGUUGUAACAUGUGAGGGAAAUGCUGGAUUUUAUGAAACUGGUAUUAUGCCAACACCACUUACACUAAGUUAUUCUGUGCUUGGAUGGAAUCAACCUGGAUUUGGUGAAAGUAGCGGUUUGCCAACACCGAAACAAACAGUUGCAUCAAUUGAUGCUGUUAUUCAAUAUGCAAUACAUAAGUUAGGUUUUGAGGAAGAGCAAAUUGUUAUCUAUGCAUGGUCAAUUGGUGGAUUUCCAGCAACAUGGGCUGCUGCUAAUUAUCCAAAUAUCAAAGUACUGUUUGAUUCCGUUAAAUUUUAA